AUGGGCUUUGUGCAGCGCCGGCCUGACCGUGGUCGUGCUAUUGUUCUCGUUGUGGUCGGCGUUUCCUCCUGGCUUGGCCUGUGCCAAUUACUGCGAUGGUCGCGUGAGCAUGGUGUCGGCGGUGUCGCGCGUGGUGAAUUGAGCUCAGAAAUAUACCGCUCCCGGCGAGCGACUUGGGAUUGUGGCCACCGCGCUGAAGCCUGUGGCGCCAGCGCCUUCUGUCCACUUCGGCAACUGCGAACAUGCCCUCUGUCUACGCGCCUCUCCCGUCGACCUGCUUCUUUAGGCGUCUCCAACCAGUACUCUGGACUCAUGCGCUUGCACCGCGCCUUUGAGAACCCCAGCACGACGCUCAAAGCCAGCGACCGAGCCCUAGCGCGAGCCAAGGUCAGCGUGAGCGUCUGCGGCAAUAGCACAACAAGGUCCUUGCGAUGGACUUAA